GUUUAAGCAAAGGCGUUUGUGGUUCUUUGAAUUGAAGAAAGGGUUUUUGCAUUUUCUUUUUCUUUACUUGAAUUUGAUUUGAUUAUCUUUUGUGGUGGUGAGAGAAAAAUUAAAAUCCUAUGGGUAGCGUUUGAAACAAGUAAAAUUUUUCCUUCACUUUCUUGGGGAAAAACAUGGGUUAGAGGAAAGAUUUUGGUUGAGUGUGUAAAGAAUUCUGAUUCCUUCUUUUUGCGUUUUGUGAUUACUUUGUCUCCGAUCUCGCAUUUUCUGGAGAUUUCGUUCGAAAUUGUUGAACUUUUCUCUUUACUGUUUUGGAAACUGAAGAUUCAGAAAAAGAUCGCUAAGUUUCAUCGAUUUCCUUCACGCGCGUGGCGAUCACAUCAUCGUGUUAUGCAUCCAAAGUAAUGGUGUCACAUAAAGUCUUAGAAUUUGGAGACGAUGGCUACAAAUUGCCUGCAAAGGCACGAGCUUCAAGAUCAGUCCGGAAAAGACGCAUAUACGAGAAGAAAAUGUCAGGAGAGGAGAAAAUGUGCGCCAUUGACUUAUUGGCCACCGUAGCUGGAAGCUUGCUGCUCGAGAGCAAAGAAAGCUCGGCAAAUUCUGGUGAAGAUAUCUGUGUAGUUGUACAAAACACUGUAAAGAAGGAGAUCCCGGCUGAAGAAAACCCUGUGAAUCGUAGUAAUCACUUGUUGGUAGGUGACAAAGUAGAGAAUGAGGUGAAGGGUUUUAGUGAUUCUUGUGAAGUUGAAAACUUUACUCAGGAACUUAAUCCGGGUGUGAAUGGUGACGUGAAGCCUGAUGUUGUAGUUAGUAUAGGUAGUAACAGUAGUACCGAGUUGGGAGGAGCAUGUGGGAUCAUCGAUGGUCCCCAUGGCUCUCAAGAUGAUGUACAUUUGUUUAGUAGAGAUAAUGAUGAUGAUGAAAACUUCUCUGGGUAUAUUCGCCCUCGUAUGAAUAGGACUGUUCCUCGUAUUGGAGACAGAAGAAUCAGGAAGAUAUUGGCAUCUAGACAUUGGAAAGGAGGUUCCAGGAACAACAACGCAGAUGCAAAGCCGUGGUAUUGCUCUAAGAGGAGUUAUUACUUGCAACAUCAUCAGAGGAAUUAUCCCAUCAAGAAAAGGAAAUACUUUGACAGCAUUUCCGAUUCGAAUUCUGAUGAUUACCAUUUGAAAGCAAAGACACAUAAAGGAAGCAGAACAGUAUCUUCCAUGAAAAGUCGAAAUGCGUCCUUUGUGUCAAGAGACCAUCAUGUGAGGCUGCGGAUCAAAUCCUUUAGGGUGCCUGAGCUUUUCAUAGAAAUUCCAGAGACUGCUACUGUUGGCUCCUUGAAGCGGAUGGUGAUGGAAGCAGUGACCACCAUACUCGGUGAUGGACUCCGAGUGGGGCUGAUGGUUCAAGGGAAGAAAGUCAGAGACGAUAGCAAAACCCUUCUCCAGACUGGUAUCUCUGAGGAGAACACUCACUUGGACUCUCUUGGUUUCAGCCUUGAGCCCAGCUUAGAAACUACCUCUCAACCUUUGUUAUCCAGUUACCUCUCAGAGCAUGCCUUUGAUGAUUUGACGUUAUGCCCCGGCAAUGUAUUGGACUCUAAUCAUAACUCAGCACCAUCACCAGCAGAUGAUUCUAGAGCUUUGGUUCCCAUUGCGUCAGCAGCAUUGUUGGCACCUCAGGCUCCUAACCGUAAGUUUAAAAGGACUGAGCAGCAGCAUGCUGCACAUCGCAGAAUUCGUCGACCUUUCUCAGUUACUGAAGUAGAAGCACUUGUCCUAGCCGUUGAGAAACUCGGAACCGGAAGGUGGAGAGACGUUAAGGUUCGUGCUUUUGAGGAUGCAGACCACCGUACCUAUGUUGAUCUCAAGGAUAAAUGGAAGACGCUGGUCCACACAGCGAGGAUAUCGCCACAGCAGAGGAGAGGAGAGCCUGUGCCGCAGGUUCUAUUGGACCGUGUUCUCAAGGCACACGCUUACUGGUCACAACACCAAAUGUAUCAACUCCAGACCGAGCCACCACGCUUUCAGGCAGAGGCUCUAAUCUAAAGAGGUCCUUAUUUUAAAGAACCUUUGUGCAUUAUGAUAAUGAUCCAUAUUGUAUGAUUCUGACAAAGUUGAAUGAAGAUCUGGUCUCAGUUCUUCUUGUGUUUUUCUUUUUCUUUCAAGUGUAAAGUUUUUAUGAUUGAAAUAAGGUGUUUUUUUUUUUCUAACAAUGUAAGGGAUAGUAAAUGAGUUGUUGUAAAUCUUUUGUGUCA